AGUAAAAAAGCUCCUAGACACACUUGUCAGAAGCCAAGAAUAUUACCGUGUCAGUUAUCUUCAUAACUCAACUUCACCAGGAAACAUGGACAAAGGUGUUACUCAAGUUGCUGCUCUUGGUCGGCCUUUUACCUUAGGCAUGCUUUAUGAUGCUAGCAAAGAUCAAAUCAUCCCAGGUGUCACUCUGUGGGAUGAAUCGACCCUACAACACAUGAUUAUGGAAAAUUCCCAGCAUAGCAGUGAUUUUAAAAUCACCUCCUCCGAUUCCUUGGACAUGAGGUCUAAUCUGCUGGAUGUGAAUGCCUCUCUAAAAGCCAGUUUUCUGGGCGGUCUGAUUGAAGUCGGAGGAUCUGCAAAGUAUCUGAAUGACGAGAAGAAAUCCCACAAUCAAAGCCGCAUAACCUUCCAGUACAAAGCCACCACCACUUUCAAGCAGCUGAACAUAUCGGCUGAUGAAAUGAAGAAGCAGCUGAAGAUUGCUGAUGACAUGAAGUGUUUGGCCACUCAUGUUGUCACUGGUAUCCUUUACGGUGCAAAUGCAUUCUUUGUGUUGGACAGUAACAAGAUGGACACGAAAACCCUUCAGAAGAUUGAGGGCAACCUCCAAGCUACUAUAAACAAGUUCCCCAGAAUAAGCGUGAGUGGAGAAGUUGACAUCAAACUGUCUAAUGAAGAACAAGCUGUGGCUGACGCAUUUUCCUGCACAUUCUAUGGAGACCUGAUUCCAGAAAAAAACCCUACAUCAUUCCAGGAUGCACUGCUGACUUACGUCAAUCUCCCAACGCUACUAGGUGCAAAGAAAGAGCACAGUGUCCCACUGAAGGUCUGGUUGAUGCCUCUGAAGAAUUUUGAUCCAUCAGCUUCCGAGGUGAAAAUGGAACUGAGUACGCGGCUUUUGGGAAAGACUCAAAAUGCCCUGGUAGAGCUUCAGAACUUGAAAAUGAGAUGCAAUGAUUGCUUGGCAGACAGCUAUCAAUUCCCGCAGAUUUCCACAAUUUUGUUAAGUUUCAAGCAAAAGUGUAGCACGUACGAAGGGAUGCUUCAAGAUCUAAUUGCAAAGAAGAUUCCAGGCAUCAGGGCAGGAAAGGAAGACGAGAAUGAGCUGUUGAGAUUCUUGGAUGAGAAAGAACAGUCUCCGUUCAGUUCAGACAAAUUAAAUAAAUGGAUGGCAAACAUGGAAAGAGAAGUCAAUGUGAUCAAGUCCUGUGUUGAGGCAAUGGACGGAGCAAAGAUCCUCCCACAAGACUCUGACGUUGUUGAGGAGCUUCUGUGCCCCAAAGUAGAGGAUGUCCUCUGCUUCGUUUUUACCUCUCUGGAAAAGUCAGAUCCUUAUCUUCAGAAAAUGGCAGAGUACAUGGAGACAAUGGACUUCAAGGCCACAGGGAAUGUCAGUCCAGCCACUGAGGACCUGUGGUACUUCUCAGAAAAAGAAUUAACAAGAAUAAGAGAAAAAGCCGCAGAGAUUGGUGAACUUGCGGCAGGUCUUAAGAAGGAAGCAAAAUACAGAUUUGUAGUAACAGCCAAGGUAAACAAGAAAUACAAAGGAGCAACCAUCUACCACUACAGGAACAACAAACUGAUCACGGAAGAUUUUAAAAGACCCAAUUUAGUUGGUUUAGAAAAAAUAAAAGAAAGAAGAGAUCUCCUGUGGUAUGCCAGCAGCCUCAAUAUGGAUCCAGACACAGCACACCCAAACCUCAUUCUCGAUGGAACCAAGAGUGUGACACACGGAGACGAGCAGUCAUAUCCCGAUAACCCCUGGAGAUUUGACAAAACCUCCCAGCUCAUGUUCAAAGAAAGUCUGACGAAACGCCACUACUGGGAGAUGGAACUGAAUAUUGCCAAAGGUAUAGAUAGCGCUGUUGGUAUUUCUUACAAAGGAAUACACAGGAAAGGACGUUGUAGUGAAUGGAUUGACUUUGGUCAAAAUACAAUGAGUUGGUCUUUGGGCUGGAGGUGGCCAAACGUACAACCCAUGUUCUACAUAGAGCAUAAUAAAAUCUGCACGGACAAACCUAUUCCCACGACCGGCUUAUCCCGUGUUGGGUUGUAUCUGGAUUGGCCCGCUGGUUCUUUGUCGUAUUAUGUAGUCAGAGGUGACAAAGUGGAUCACAUUCACAGUUUCCCUUGCAGUUUCGUUGAGCCAGUUUACCCAUGUCUGAAAAUGUGGGGAGAAAAUGGUUACUUGAAACUGUGUCUGUAAAGACAUUUGGUUCAGUUUGAAACAAAAAAAUUUACUACAAUCAAUCAAUCAAUCAAUCAAUCAAUCAAUCAAUCAAUCAAUCAAUCAAUCAAUCAAUCAAUCAAUCAAUCAAUCAAUCAAUCAAUCAAUCAAUCAAUCAGUUCCAGACUUCACAUCUCUUUUUAUGAGUUUUGAUCAUAAUUUAUGUUUGACCCUCAUGUUGAAAUAGAAUAAGAAUAACUACUGUUUUCAUAGAAACAGUAGUUAGAGUUUUAUUUGUCCCUCCUCAGUAGUUUUUUUACUGUCAUGUUAAAGUGUGACCAUUUUAAAAAGGCCUGUUUGACUAAAAGCUGAGAAUAAGUAAGUGAAGGUGAGAAAAUCUUUUUCUCUCCAGCAGACAGGUUCUGACCUGCAGUCUGUGUAACUGAAUGCAUUCUCUCCUUGCCAUAAAGCAAGUAAUAAAUCUAAAGAAAGUCAUUCUUUUUUGGUGACUUUUCUCUCAGAGAAACAUACAGUAAUUCUUCUUGUAAUGAAGUGGAUGGAACCCCAGUUUUCAGGUGAGGGACUUGGCAAGGCCUGGAGUUGCUAUCAAUAAUGGAAUUUGUACUGCAGAUGUUUCUGAAACGGUUCAGACACCAGUAAAACAUUUACCAAUUGCCAAAUAAUGGCUGUUUUUUUGUUUUGUUUUGUUUUUUUGCUCUUGGAUUGUUUCUGUAAGCAGUAGAUACCCAAAUGAAAGGACAAAAACAGGCAAAAAAGAACAUUUUCGAUAAUAUUUCUCCUUUAUCAUUAACUGUACAACUUUAAAACAAUUACUUUUUUUGUAAGAAAGGACUUCUUGCAUCUUUUUGCUUACAAUUGGAUGAUCUUCAUGUUUUAAAUGCUUUUUUGUUCACUUAUCACAUCUAUGGGAUAGAUAACAGUGUAUUGUCAAACAUAAUUGUGACCUUCCAUGAUUUUAUAUAUGAUUGACAUUGGAAAAAUAUAUGAUGUUGUCGUAGUUAUAGAUUUCAUGUUACGAUUUUUUGAUUAUUAUUAUUUUACAGCUUUGGUGGGGGUUUAGAGCUUUUGUGGUGUUUGAUAUUCAGUUUUUCCUGUACUCAUGUUAUUAUUGAUUCUUAAUGAUUAACAGUUAUGGUUUCUUUAUUAAUUUCCUGCCACAUAAUGUGUAUGUUUGACUAGUUUUGAACAACAUGAUUGCUUUUGAAUUUAAAAAGUUAUAUUAUUACUUCAUUCAUGCUACUGUUCUAAUGCUUGUAGACUAAUGUUUUGAAAUUUAAUAAAAAGAAUGCUGUGAAGUAAAAAUUAGUUAACAAUGUUUAAUCAUUUUAAAAUGUACACUUUAUGUUUUUAUUAAAGGUUUGCACUCAGUUGCAGCUCAACAGGAAAUAUGCUCUUCUGAGCCUCUGCAAAUAAGUUAGAACAGGAUGUUCAGUGGUUAGAGAUGUAAGACAUUGCUAAGGCAACCUAUCAUGGUACAGAAAGAAAGCAGAAGUUAUCCAAAGGUCAAUCUACUAUGUUUUGCUAAGACCUAAGGGCAUCUUGUCCACAGUAAACACAGAGCAUAUUUCUGUAGUUGAGGUGUGAAUGUGCAUGCAAACCUGCUCAACCAAAACUCACAUAUAAGCAAUUUAUAGAUUCUUUUUGUCUGACUCUGAGCCAGGGGGUGUAAUCAUGUAACGUGCGAUGCAUCCUAUAUAAUGAGAGGACGUUCAGCUCUAAGUCGAAGAGCGGAACCCACUGUAGCUGUUCUCCCAUCUGCGCAGAUAUUAAAAUAAAGCUGCUUUGUUCUCUCCUAAAUAUUAGACUUGGUCUCCUGAUUUUUCUGCAACUCCACAAUACAGUUUUGUUGAAUUGAUUUUCUGAUUUUUUGUUGUCUCCAAUGAAUACAGUGUAUUUAAUUACUAAAUGACUAAAAAUGUUGGCCUCUAAUCUUUGUAACAUAAUGUGGCAUAAGAUUUAAAGAACU